CUAAUUGCUUUUGGAGAAGUCAUUAGCCUAGGGGUUCACAUACUUUUUCAACUUACACUGUGAAUGUUUAAUGAUGUAUUCAGUAUAGACAAGAGAAAUACAAUAAUUUGUGUGUUUUAGUUUAAGCAGAAUGUGUUAAUCUGUUGUUGUGACUGGAAUGAAGAUUAAAUAAAAUGUUAUGACCAAUUCAUGCAGAAAUCAGAUAAUUCCAAUAGGGUUCAUAUACUUUGUCUUGCCACUGUAUUUGGAUGAUGUGAUAUGCGUUUGCCAGUUUGGUAAAUGUAAAACGUUUAGAUGAGGAGGAUGAUUAAGUUGCAACAAUGGAGACCACACAUUUGAUAUAGAAUAAUUGCUAAAAAAUAUGAAAGGUAUACUUGUUAUUUUACUUUUUUUUAAAUUUGAUAUGGAUUAGCAUGUGUUUGAUUUCCAACAUACUGUAAAUCUAUAUCAAUUCCGUUGAUGUACCUUUCUGUGUUCAUAUAUACAGAUUACUGUUAGGGACUUUGCUGCUCAUGAUUGGGCACAUAACAAGCUCAGUAUUGGAGGAGGUAAAUAGCAUCCUGAUCCCUGCCUUGGUUGACCUUAUAAGGCUGAGAGCUUCAGAAAGUGAUGCAGAGAGUAUGCUCCCCAUCAGCAAAGACACCAACGAAGAUUCAACCCAGGGCUCUGUCAGCUGUACCUCCCUACUCUCCAAAGUCAAUGUGAUCUGUCUCACUCAGAGUCCUGACAGUAAGUCCUCCCCAAUCUCCAUUGAAGAACCAGUCAAGACUUGUUGUAGCAGCAGUUCUCUGUCCAGUGAGGAACGAGCACACUCUUCCUCCAGUCAGAUCUCUACUAAGAACCUCCUGGCUACUUGGCCACGUUCUACCAGGCCCCAAUCUGCCAAACCGCCACCUGCUAAACCAUCACGUGCUAAACCACCAUCUGAUAAACCGUCACCUGCUAAACCACCAUCUGCUAAACCACCAUCUGCUAAACCACCACCUGCUAAACCACCACCUGCUAAACCACCACCUGCUAAACCACAAUCUGCUAAACCACCACCUGCUAAACUACAAUCUGCUAAACUACAAUCUGCUAAACUACAAUCUGCUAAACUACAAUCUGCUAAACUACAAUCUGCUAAACCACCACCUGCUAAAUUACAAUCUGCUAAACCACCUACUGCCACUGACUACUCUGGAACCUUAUCUGCUGUGGUAGGUCGUGGGCAUGUCAUCCCUGUCAAACUGACCUUGGCCCCUUUCUCCUCCUUACUCUCCAGCGAAGAGACCAACACCAACCUCCCCUCCAGCAGCCGCCCCUCCUCGUGCUCUAUCAAGCUUUUAGACAGAAGGAGUGGCAUUCCUUGCUCCCUGGCUGUGAGCUCUAUUUCAACUGUUCCUGGACCUGACUCUAGCAGGAGCCCUAGGCGGGAGAAUCAAUAUGCUACUGAGGUCUCGUCGAUCUGCCUCAGCCAAGAUAGAAAUGGCCAAGGAGGGAGUGUGACACCUCCAGCCCCUUUGGAUGUUUCCCUCCCCUCCGUUAUUGAGCGUGCUGCGGACUUGAGGCCACUGGUGUGUUGUGUGUGUUUUGAGCAGCAGACUGAUGUCUCAGUGGUGUACGCCACUCUCCACAUGGGGCUGGACGGGCUUCUCUCCUCUUCAGCGUGGUCGGAGGCUGCCUCCUUCUCUACGCCCACCACUCAGCAGUUCACUGACCAGAGCCUGAGGGCCACAACUGCUAUGAGCCUCUACCUUAUCACCAGAGAAGUGAGGACAUCGCCCUGA